AUGGAUGAUCCAGACCCCGAAACCUUUGGUCCACUCUUGGCCAUUACAGCAGAGUCUCUCAUCCUUCUCGCUUCGAACAUCGCAAACCAAUGCCUGCAUAUAUCAUGCUCCAGCGGCAAGCUUGUUGCGCGAAUUGCCGGUGAUUUCAACAUCAUCCACAUUGUUGAAUUGGAGAACAUCAAGCUCGUGAUCCGCGUUCCUGCUACAGGCUGGGGCUCUGGAAUGACACCGACCACGGCACGCGCCAUGGAAUCGCAAGUUGCGACGAUGCGCCUCAUUCGGAACAAAACUACAAUCCCAGUACCAGAGAUAUACGCUCUAGACACGACUGACGACAAUGAGAUCGGUGCGCCGUACCUCUGCAUGAGUUUCAUACCCGGGAAACCCGUCUCACAGGUUUGGUUUGAUGGCCCAGGCACCUUGGCGCGAGAAGAUUUGCGCCUUCGCAUCCUGACAAGCCUGUCACAGACCAUGGCUCAGUUCUCUUGUAUGGUCUUCGACAAGAUGGGGUCCAUUAUGGACGACGGAUCUGGCUCGACUAUCAUCGGCCCAUCGUACGACUGGCAUGAAAAGGAAGAUGGUAGGCUUCAGGUUGCCGUUUCAGGUCCCUUUGACUCUCUCUCCGCCUUUCUCCAUGAAAAUCCAAUUGCAAGCUCCGACAAAAAUGUGUGGGAUAAGGCGGAGGCGAAGGUGAUGGAAGUGAUUAUGGGCUUGUUACCAACCCUUGAUUCUCCGCCUGGUUUUGUUCUAUGCCCCCCCUAUUUCGACUCGCAGAAUGUCCUGGUGAAUGACGAAGGCACUGUCACCGGACUGGUUGACUGGGACCUCGCCCAGACAAUGCCACGAUUUAUGGGAUAUGCCCGAUACCCAGGAUGGAUUACGCGCGAUUGGGAUCCUCUAAUGUACGGUUGGCCAAAGAUGGCCGAAUCGGAAGACUCCCCAGAGAUAUUAGAGCGGUACCGCGCAUAUUACAACACGGAGCUCGGGAAGGCGCUGAAGUGGCAGGGUGACUGGAAGUUCACGGAAAGAUCGCACAUUGCAGAGGCAAUAUGGAUUGCCACGCUGCACCACCUCAACCGUCUGGAGAUAUGUCGCAAGUUCAUUCAGGUUGCCACGGGUGACAUUAACGCUUUAGAUGUCCUCUACGACAUUGGGGCUGGGCAGUAUGCCGAGGAGGAUUGGAGUACCUUGAAAGCCAACCUGAAGCGAUUAGUGUGUUAA